UCCAUGCUAACUGUGUCAAGUUGACGUUUCGACUCCCAAAAAGACUCGAUAUUUCCUGCUGAUAGAGCGAUUAUUUGCGUUGAGGUCUUGUUGAAGGGCAACUAUGACAAGUAACGUCGGCCCAAGUAUACAUGGGGGCACUACAACCUAUGAUGUUUUCGUAGGAAAUCUGCCCGGGGAUAUCGCCAUGAAUAACCGGGAACGGAUAGAAGAGUAUUUUAGACCCUAUGGUAAAAUACAUUCUGUGGUAGUGAUAGAAUCAAAUAGAGGUGCAGAAGAAAAGAUUUCAUUUGUCCGAUUUUUGGAUGAGAAAGAUGCUGAACUUGCCUGUAAGGAAUUGAAUGGCUCUGAGUUUGAUGGAAGAAGCCUCCUUGUCAAGAGGUCGUCGGCAAAGAAAAAAGAGGACAGGCCCAGCAACCAGUCACUGGGCAGUGAUGGGCAGAGACGACCCCAAAUUUUUAACCGUCCACCACCGAAAACCCAAAUGAUGGGCGAAAAACCUGAUCUAGUCAAAAUGGGCCGGCCACAACAAACAAAUUUUCGAUCACAGAUGGGAAACCCACCUCAGUUGGUUGCUAAUCAGCCUCAAAUGAGUGGUAACCAACCUCAUAUGAUUGGUAACCAACCUUAUAUAGGAGCCAAUCCACCACAUAUUGUUAACCAGUCUUAUAUGGGCAACCGUAACCAUUCAUCGUCACCGUCAGAAGAUGAUUCUUCACAGACAGGCAAUCCUCCCCAGAUAAGCCACUGGCAAUCCUCGGUCCCAUCAGAACCAAAGGAGCCUGAACAUGAGAAAGAUCAGGGGUUUGAACAGAUGAUCAUAAGCUAUGUUGAUGGCCCCAAUUCAUUUUGGGGCCAAGAGAUAAAGGACAACAGGGCACAAGAACUAGUCAAACUCUCAGAAGAUUUGUUAAAUAUUUGUCCCUUGUCUCCUCCUGUUACUGGAAGGCCAAACUUUGCAAAGAUUUAUGGCGCUUUAUUCUCCGAAGAUGGUCAGUGGUAUCGAUGCAAACCUUUGAGUUAUGUUUCUGAAACUCAAACGCUUGUUCAGUACAUUGAUUAUGGUAAUAAUGAAGUGGUAGAAAACAAACAAAUAGUGGAAGUGCCAAAUACACUCCUUGCUGCAAGUCCGCACGCCGAGAAGUAUGUGUUUCAUGGAUUGGAACUUGCUGCAGAUGAUGCAGAAAGUUCCGAUUACAAGGCAGCUGUGAAUUACCUGAAAGAAGCGACUGACGGUAAGCUUGUAGACGCGAUUGUCUUUGGGAAAGAACCUAUCAGUGGCGCCACAGCUGUUGACCUUACAAUCGACGGACAAAGCCUCACGGUCCCUAUGAUAAAUGAUGGCUAUUUGAAGAAGAAGUCGACUGGUUCGGUUGAUCACAAUAACCUUAAAGGACCCAGGAAUGUUCAAAGAAGUGACUUUGAGGAGAAACCAGUGCAGCAAAGCGAACAAAGGCCAAAGGGAGCGUAUCCACAACAAAACAUGGGCCAGAGCAAUAGUGGUUGGGGUGCAGGUCCAAGAUGUGGAGAUGAAUGGGGUGCUCCUGAACAGAUGCCCCAGGAACCCCAACCCCAGCAAUGGGGCGUUCAGCAUCAACACAGCAUGCAGCAGCAGAAUCAAUCAAGCUGGGGACAACCAGCUCUUCAGCAGAUGCCAAUGCAGAACCAGAUGUCGGGUCAGAUGUCGAACCAGAUGUCAAACCGUCCAGUGAUUUCUCCACAGGGUAACCAGAUGAACCGGGGUGGAGUUGGCCCUGGUGGGGACAGGAAGGGGGGCAUCCGCCAAGACAAUCUCCAGUUGAAGUUAGAGAAAGCAAACCGUGAGAUUAAUAAGCUUCAAGGGGAGUUUACCAAGGCUGUAGCGGAAAAGGAGUCAGCACUGUUGGAACUUGGAACUUUGAAAGGUCGAAUGAAGCUUGUAACAGAGGAAUGUGCUGCUGUGUCCAAGCGAGCAUGUGAUCUCAACAUUUCAAACAAACUGAAAACACUGAUGUCAACAGUGAACAAGGUGAAACUGAUGAGGAUUCAGUUCCCAACUGACAACAGCUCACAGGAUCUGAUCCAGAAUGCUAUAGGCCUCGUCUCGGCAGUCGAUGUCAAGAUUACACCGGAUAUGGAGUUGAUAAGGAUGGUGCAGGAUGCGCUUAGUCAGUACAAUGAAUGUCAGAUGUUUAUCAAGCAAUGCACAGAACAGUCUGACUUGGAGGAACUCAUCUCAAAGAGAAAUGUAUCCAGAAAAGUCUUGUAUGAAAAAAUAGAGCAUUUUCUUGAAGAGACAAAGACGUUGCCUGUUGAAGCGAGGGGUAACGCUCUGAGGGAAUCCAUCAAUCACCUGAAGCUUACGUACGCAUCGUUUAAAAUCGGCUCUACAUCUCCCCAGGCUCCGCUGAAUGAGGUGAUCCACGACUAUCAAGAAUGGAGGGCAAGAAAGAACUCGCUUUACUCUGAUGUGAGGACGAACACCAACACAGCCCACAAUAUGGUUGAUAGUGCACUCAAGGCAAUUCAGGAGCUUUUGUCCCUGGACUUCAUUUUGAUGCCUGAGAGCAAGAUAAUGCCACCUGAAUUGGAUGGACUUGUGAACAGGCUGCAAACAGCAGUUGUUAGAGAGAUGGAGAUGUCAGAUCUGGAGAGAAGUGGUGACGCGCCUCUCGUUGCUCGAACCCUGACCUACCUAAUCAGUGAUAUGAUGGCUGAGUUGAAAAACAUUGACCAGUUGGCUGCGAUGAAGCAUGCGUACAGUGUGAUGAAGGCGAGCCUUGUCGAAUGGUUGGAUGCCAAGCCAGACUUGGCACCACUUCAAGCCAUCAGGAAAAGCUUCAAAAGUCUCAAGUCAAAGUUGCGGCAUAAACUGGCUGACAAACAUGAUGUGGAGGAGAGUGAUGAAGACAAGGAAGACCUGAUCCGCAUCAAUGUUGAACUUGCUCAGAUUCGCUUUGAAACCCACAAUGCAUUCUUGGCAGAAGAUGAACAAAUGGUGAAAUUGUCCAAAUUUUAUGAAGAUCACUUUCCUGAGCUGUCGUUACAACAUCCUGAAAUCGCUAUUGAUAAAUAUGUGGAAUACGGUGGCCUUGUUAAGGCUGGUCUGGAUGUAGACCAAUUCGACUUGCAGCCACUGCCUGGAUCAGAAAAGAGUUCAGUUUACCAAACUCUCUUCAAUGGGGAAAAUGCAAUACUCAAGGAAUACAUCAUGGAUGAAACCAUUGGUGUCAUGAAGGACGAUUUCCUUACCAAUGCCGUUGCUUACAAUGCUGUAAAACAUAAAAACCUGCUGAAGAUUGAAGCUCUGUUUUUUCACAAGAAUAAACGACAGGCCUACCUGCUCUUGAAACAGCAUACGCCACUCGUCACAAAGUUGAUAGAGGGCGCCAUCGAUGAAGUGACAGCACACAAAUGUCUGCUUGGGAUCCUGAACGGACUGGCGGCUCUACACCAGGCCAAUAUCAUACACGGUGCCAUCAAGACAGAGAAUAUUCUCUUGGACAAUGAAGGAAAUGGAAUAUUGGCUGAAUUUGAUUUCACCAAGUCCGUGGGCCAGAGAGCAUGCAGCCUACACAUGAUCAACACCGGUCUUAUCUUCAAUGCGCCAGAAACACGGGUUGGAAUCGAGGUUACGAAGGCAGCUGAUAUCUUCAGUUUUGGCGUCCUUUUUGUUAUGUUGCAUUUCCCGACAAAGUCAUUCCGAACAAUGCCAAAUGGAACUCCUGUUCUAGAAAACACUGGCUGGUCACAGCAAACAAGCAUAAUGCUUGAUAACCUUCUCAUGCAAAUGCCGAACAGUCGUAUCUCAGCCAGUAACCUGUUAACGCUGCCAUACUUCACGAAUCCGUGUCAAACAAGAGCUGAGCACACAGAGAUUAAGGAUGUCUUACAGCUAAGGGGUAAAUCACCAUCGCCCACAUCAGAAGUCGCAAGACCAUCAGUUAUUGAAACAGUAUCGGAGACGGAGUCACAACCAACAGAUGCUGAAGAUGGCACAACAGCUCCCUCAGAAGCCCUUGAAACCCCACUGCCGGAGAGUGAUGUGGGUGAAGAUGACUUAUUGGAGAACAAACCCAAUGACGAUAAACCAGAACUAGUAGACUCUAGUGAAGAGCAGUCCAAUGAGAGCGAUGUCCCACCAGAGACAGAAGGAUUAUCGCAGGCUAUUCCUGAUGUGGUCACACAAGCUGCUGAUAUGCCGACAGUGACAAGUACAGAUGACGAUGGUGAUGAUGGUGAAGACAGCAAGGAAGUGUCUGAGGAGAACACACCAGAAGAAGGUGUAAGCGAAGAAGUUCCAGACUUGUCCAUUUAGUCUUGAAAAUGACAUCAUGUUCCAGAUUCCUGUUGCUGGUCUGUUCUUUUCGAGGACUUUUCUCAGAUUCAUAUCGACUGUAUCCCUUAUUACUCGAGCUGAUGGUGAUCAAUUUAAAGGAGGAAUCCUUGGAAUAUUGGUUGCGCUGAUUGUGACAUCAUAACAAACACGCCCAAGGUGUUCAUUUUGGAGGACUUUACCACCAUUUCCUGAAUCUUAUUGUGUUCACUUAUCCCCGACAUUUAUUUACGGCAUUCAGUUCUGUGAAAUAACAAUGAUGCUCUUGUGCUCAUGUGUACAUAUACACCUCAAAUGUACUGGUACGUAACUGCACCCUCAAGUAGGUUUAUCAUUGGCUUACAUGUAAUCACAGAACAUUGAAAUUACUGAAAUAUUGUUUUUUGUUGAAUCUUCUGUGGAUUGUGUAGGUGUAAGUUUCUUUACACAUGUCAGUAAAAAUGUUCACUAGUAGAUAUACGUAAACCUGCCACAAUGUUUUUUGUUUGGUAAUUUUUAUUUUGGUUACAUUGUACUUCUAUGGCUUCUCUCUGGGUGAGGAAUCGGUCUCUGUCAAUGCUAUUGGUUGCAACUUUUGAGGCUGAGAAUGCAAGCAGCAAAGUGUGGGUUAAUUCAUGUAUUCAGCUGCAGCAUUUAUCAAACGUAGCAUUAAAUUCCCAACACUGUGUGCUUGUGAAAUGGCUGAUUUGUAGUUCACUUGUUCAACUUUUUGCAACUGUUGACACGUGGAGGCGUGCAUAGAUUAUUGGCGUUGUACAUGUAUGCUGAAUGCUUUUUGACUGACAAGCAUGGUGUGUGGCAUGAGCCUUACAGUUAGUUUCUUGGUGAACAUAUGCAUUGGUAUCAAAAGGGUAAUCUACAAUAUACACCAUAGUUAAAGUUGAUCAAUUGUAAUCCGUUUGAUAUUGCAUGUGCCAGCAGGUUUACACAAGUGUCAAGUUCUGUGUUUUCUAUUCAUUCACACUACAACUUAGUGGAAACAAUGCAUGAGAUUGAGUGAGAGAAAUAAUAGUUUUGGAAAUUUUUGCAAAAAGAUUCUGUUAAGUUUUUUAUAAAAGCAUUUAUGUUGAACUGUUUAACCAGGGUUUAAACCAAUAUAGGAAUCUAUAUGAAUUUAGACAAGUAUGCAUUGUACUGUUGGCAUUAUUUGCCCCGUUUGAUAUUACAUUACGCUUUGUUCAUCGAAGAUACUGCGUUCUUCGGCAAAUGGACUUGGACAGGUAAUGUUUCCAUUUAUGAUAGAAUUUUAUAGAAAUUUCACAUUUUCGUUCACUAUUGUUCCGAAAAACAGCGGGCCAGAGGUGGUCACCCACAUUGUCGCUGUCUACAGCUGAUUUGGUUUCAUUGCAUUGUUGGAGUAACCCGGCUAGUACAAAAACUUUGCUACAUGUAUUGAUGCAUUUUCAUUCUGUCCUUUAAUGAGAAGGAUUGACAAUAUUUGUCAGAGUGCCAAUGUCUCUUUGUUAGAGUCUCUCCUUUUAUGAAGAUGAAAACUUGAAAAGCUUUUUCACUUGUAGGUCUCUUGUAAUGUUGUUGUUGUCAAUACCCUGAAUUCUCUGUAAAAUAAUUUUGUAAUAAAUGUAC